AAAUAUCAUGAAAUAGAAGAAGCUGCGCCUCUGAGUGAACAUGUUGGGUAUGGCGUCUGCCACACUGUCAAAUUCAUUGUGUAGGAAAAUGCACCUGCAUCUGUCAGUGUGUUUCCUCUGGUUAUGUGUGAGGAGUCUGACCGAGACCAGCUCUCAUUCACCGAGGAUGGUGUUCACUUAUCAAGAAUCGGAGUCUAAAAGGUUACCUUUACCUGGAGGACACACACCUGUCCAUAUUUUCCCUGAAGGAAAAUCAGAAGUUGUUGCAUCUUUGGGUGGAACUUACCUGAAGCUGAACUUUAACAACCUGCAGAAGAAUCCAGAAGAACAGAAGCUGAUGUGGAAAGACUGCAGCAGCCAGGACUGCAGCUACAGAAUCACCGUGGUCCAUCAGAGAGAGGAGGAGGGACAGGUGUUUGUGUGUGGGACCUCAGAUGAGAAAACACAGUGCUGUCACCUGAAUUUGACAGAUCAUUUCCACGAAUGUUAUGUCCCUAAUAAAUUACACAAAAUUGAGACAAUAGAGGAAUCUGUGAUCAAAGAAGGAGAACAUUCGGUCCUUGUGGAAACCGAACAAGGCACAGAUCUCUACAUUACGUACUCUGGAGCUCAGGAGAAUGUUGGCAUCCACAAGUUUGGGUCUAAAAGAGUAAGACCAGUUCACCAUGAUAAAGAGCAGCACUAUGUGGGUUUGGUGCACGACAAAAGGACUGAAAGCCUACAAAACAGAAUCUAUGCUUUUUAUAAGCAGAAAAGCAAAGACACAGGACUGGACGGGGACAUGUGGAUUCCCUAUGUGAGCCAAGUUUGCACGGCUGAUAUUGGGGGACCCAAGAACAAGCUGCAGUUUAGUUGGACAUCCCAAAUGAAUGCCAGACUCUUCUGUGGAAACGCCAACACCAAGCAGGAUUUCACUGAGCUGGUGGACGUUGCCACUGUUCAUGGAGACCAACAAGAAGCAAAGAUAUACGCGCUGUUCAGGAACGAGUGGGACAUGAGCGCUGUCUGCGUCUACUCCCUACGUGAUAUUAGAGACAUUUUCAUGACCUCUGCCUUUAAGGAUCAAGCAACAGAUGACAGACAAAGAGAACUGGACAAAAAGAGGAAGCAGUGUGUUCGUGACAGCAGCAUGCAACAUAUAGACGUCCUGAACAGGAUAGAGAGUAGAAGUGCUGAGAUGAUGGAUUGGGUUCAGCCGGCGAGCGGGUCGGGCCCGAUUCUGUUCAAGCACCAUAACUACACACACAUCUACGUCGAUGCCUCCCAUCCCAGGGGGAAUGGUCACCAUGUUGUUAUGUUCCUCUCUCUGAGUGAUGGAAGAGUCCACGAGGUAGUACAGACUGAGGCUCACUCUUUUAUCAUCGCUGAGUAUCACCCGUUCCGUAACCAACCACACAUCACCAGCAUCAGCCUCGACACCUCCUCUAAAAAGUUGUAUGUGAGCUCCAUAAGUGAACUGGUCCAGCUUGAUGUGGCUAACUGUACCCAGUACGGAAGCACCUGUGAGGAGUGUGUCCUGUCCAGAAAGCCGUACUGUGGCUGGGAUGGCCGCAGCUGCACCAGCAGGGGUGCUCUCCAGGAUGUGGUCAGAGGGAACUACACCAUCUGCUCGGAAAUACAAGCACGCUCAUCUCUGCUCUCCAGUAAGGAUUUCAGAAACCAGGAGAAGAUGGUGAUGCUUUCCCCUCAGUCCAUGUAUUUCCUGAGCUGCCCCGUUUUGUCCCAUCAUGCCCAGUACACCUGGCAUCACCCUGGUGGCGUCUUGCCCUGCAACCACCUGGAGGACCAGUGCAUCUUUCUCAUUGACAACAUGAGUGAAGCUCGAGAGGGAAAAUAUAAAUGUGAGUCAGAGGAGAGUGGCUACAGCAGGGUCCUGGAAGAGCUCGAACUCCAGCUGAGCCGCACGUCUGAGGCCGGGACGUUGGGUCCAACUGUCUGGGUUUGUGUCUCAGCGCUCAUGGUCAGGAGUUUCUGCUCUUCCUUUUACUAAAGGAAUUGGUGAAGUGCUGAGUCAUAUCCCGUCUACAGGGCGGAGACCAUUGGGCAACCAUUUAGACCAAACUGUUCUUCAGUGAGCAUGGAGCACAAGCCAAGGGUGUCCCUGUGGGGUCUCGAUGGUCCCAGAUCUGGAUAAAAUUUGCUUGCCCAAUGGCUUCCAUCCAGCGUAACCGGCCUCUAUUUGAUGAUCUUUGCAGUGUUCAGCUAAAUUCUGUUUUAGUUUUAUGGCUGUAAAGAUUCUUAGAAACUCAAUCAGUAUUGUGAUGGUGUGCUAACACACUGCUUCUGUCAGAUCUGUGAAAAUUUUAUUUAUCUUUAUAGAUUUAGUAAAGCUGAGUUCAUCCGUCUGACUUGUUCUGGGUUACAGAAUGUAGAGGAUGAUCAGAUGUUGCAAUAACAGAUUUUACGUGUGAAAGUUUUUUCCUUUUUCCUAAUUUUAAAGUACAAGAUUUGUUAAUUCUAGGUAUUUGAGAUAAAUCCGUAUCUGCAGUUGGGAGCUUCACAAGAAUCAGAAAUUAUAAAUCAAGAACCUAGUGAUCAUGAAGAUGAAGAAUCUAGACUAAUUCUGAUCUGACUGUCAUCAUGUGUCUAUUUCAUUUCAUUACUUGUUGUCUCUGAUAAAGUGUUAGAUCCCUUCAGCUAUAACGAAACUUUUACCAGGAAUCCACUCGGCUCAUCUAUCUGUUAACAGUGAUAAUUGAACGAGUGACUAAUGCAGGUCAGAUGGUUUUAGAUUUGUGGUUGUUCAAAUAACUCCAACACAGAAGUAAGUCAAACAGCCUGACAUCAGCAGCCACGAAGUAUUUAUUUUUAAGCUUUGAGAUGUUUAGUUUGAGUUUUUGAUGCUUGAUAAGGAGAUCUAAUGUGUCAUGUGAGAUAAAACGGGUGUGAGAAGUAUGUUUGCACUUCAGCCAGUCGGUGUGUUGCUCAGCUUGACUUUCAGAGAUUGUAAUUUAAUAUAUUUGUUUUGUUUUUGUCUUCAGUUUUACUUUGUGAUAUUAAUGCAACACACAGGGCGGGGUUCUUAUGAUGAAGGGGUUUUGCAUGUGUUUUCAUUAGACUCCAUUUUAAAUAUGUUUACUUGUGCUUUUCAACUUAGGUUGAUGAAGGAUUUCAGUGUAUUUAAGGUGAUCCACACCAGUGACGCCUUAAAUAGCACACCAGUCAUUGAUUCAGACACCUAUGGAGGGAAUUACUUUAGAAAGCUUUUUUUCAGGUAAAAUAUAUCUCAGAAGUCCCUCCUGAUGCUGAAUGUUCAGUAUUGCAGCCCACUUCUCUGUGGUCACACAGACCACAUCCUAGAGCAAAGACCUGCAGUCCCAAAUAAAAAUACCUUGUUGAAAACACACGGCUUCAUCUCAGACUGAUUUGGUUUAAUUAUUUUAUUCUAUUUAUUCUUUAUCUAACAAGGAAUGUCCCACUGAGAUUAAAAACCUCGUUUUCAAGAGUCCUGGCGAAGAGGCAGCAAAAGUUAGUUACAUAAUGGUUGUUAGCUUUAGUCUUUACAUUAUUUACAGUGAAAUAUUCUUUAAGGACGAUUGAGACGUUGACCUCGGUGCCACAGGUCAUUUGCUCUUGUUAUGGCUGUAAAAGUGGAACUCAGUAAAAGCACAAGUCAGCUAUUUUCAGAGCUUGUGACAUCUCUGACUACCUCUCUGACCUUUGAAUUUAACCAAAUGAGCCUUUUAAAACUUCUUUAGAAGAGAAAUCUUUGACAGUUGACUAAGACCACAUAUGGUGUGAGAUUAAGAUAACACCACAGUGGCGCCCAGAGAACUGCUAUCAGACCUCUUUAUGUCAGGUUAAAGGUACAAAAUGUAAGAAUUCUGCAGUGAAAUAAUCACUAAUCUCGAAGUUAUGCUGAGGAAGGUUAUGCUGAAACAGAUUUCAUUCUCAGCCGGCUUGGGGUUGUUAGUGUUUCUCCUUUCAAAAAAGCCAAAGAGGGAUGUAGUUCACAGAUCAGUGAGCCUGCAGUUACCAAAGCUGUGCAGGCAAACGCUGCAGCGUCAACAAUUGUAAUUAAACAUCAACGGGCAAAAAAACAAUGUUUUGCAAAAGUCCUAAACCAGUAAACAGGAGCGACCCAGAAGAUAUUUCUUGUACCCUUAAGGAGCCACAGCAUUUUUUUACUCUAAUAUCUGGUAAAGAAGGAUAGAGGCUAACGUUGAGCUAACAAUGCUAACAGAAAAUUAGACGUAAAUAUUUGGUUCUAAAAUAUCUUAAACAACUUUUUCUAAUACCAAUAACUUGAUAUUAUAGUGAAAUGUAUUUAUCUACUUAUCAGUUUACUGUUUAACUCAUGAAAUCAAACUCAUGGAAAAGUGCUGAGACAGUAACUUAUGUUUGGAAACUGGGCUGCAGUACCAAAACAUGACCCAGACCUAAUCUUGCAUAAUGCACCUUUAACUGUCAGAAACAGUCCCAAGGUGUGAAUGAAUGCUUGUGUGUCCUGCUUGUCUUUGGUGUCCCUGUGAUGGAUAUGUGCCAAGUCCUCAUGACCCUACUGAGGAAUCAAAUUCAGAAAAUGAAUGGAUGAUGGUGAACACAUUAAUCUGUAUGCAGCUGUUCACCUGAGGUUCUUAUGUUUCAUCAGUUUUAAGUUCUUCAAAUCACAGAAAAUAAUGUUAUAAUGUAUAAAACUAACAAUUGUUUUAUCCCUAGUUCACAUGAAAUUGUAUUUCAUUGAUUUGUUUUAUGUGCUCAUUUCAGAAAAUGUAAGUAUAUAUUUUUUUAUUAACUUUUAGUGACUCAUGUCUCAUUCAGUUUAAUUUUAUUUAUGUUUGAUGCGCACAUUUACCACAAUGCAGAUGUUGCUUUCUCAAUGGCAUACAGCACCUUUUGUCAAAGUAAAAAUAUCUAAUCUCGUGUUUUAUUCAUUUAAAAAUUAUAACAUGUUACAUAAAUUCAUGUUUUGCUGUCUGUGGAUAAAAAUAAAUAAAAUUAGUUUAAAAAGUUUA